GCGACCACACUUAUCAUCGGAGGUUCGGCGUGAGCGCGCCUCUUGUUCCGCGCGAAAAUCCGCCGCUAAUAUUAGCAUGCGACAGCGUGAGUCCGCUGCUACGGAACCGCUCAGUCCGCUUGAAUCGCUCCGCUGAACGCUGCACGCUCGCGCGGUGUACGGGCGAGGUCGCGCAGGGCGGGCGGCGCGCGCCGGUGCGCCCCGGGCACCCUGCCUCACAAUACACUACCCACCACACGCACAAAAGGACGUGUUCCCAAGUGUACACAUUAUUCAUAUAACAAAUCAUUAAGCAUUUCAUUAAAUCCAAUAUUAGUUAGAAAUUUGUGAAGUGUACUGUAGUACGUACGUGUCUUGACGAUCCAGAUUUCCACCGGGACAGAUGAUUCACCAAUGAAAUGUGAUCAGUUGUCUUCUGUUUGACAGAUCAGCGCACAUCACAACAGGUAGUGCAAUCAAAAGAAAAUCACAAUGACGGUGGUGACUAAUCCAGCGAGGACCAACUCGGAUGAUGAGAUCGAGUCUGGUCGCGAGAGCGUGGUGGGAGAGUAUGCGGGCAACUUGGACGUGGAGGAGCACGCUCGCCUCUACGACGACGAGAAGCAAUCCGACAUCGUAUUCGUGGCUGGCAUCAACGGCGACACGUGGCGCUACCCCGGCCACCGCCGCGUGCUAGCCGCUACCAGCCCCGUGUUCGCCGCGCUGCUGGCCUGUAAGACCGAUGUUAUCGUCGUCGACUACAUCGACCGGCGCGGCUUCGAGCAGCUGCUGCGCUACCACUACUGUGAGCCCACACAACUCAACUCCGUGGCUACGGCUCGGUGCGCACUCGAUGCGGCCUACAAGUUCCUUUGCUCUCCGUUAGCAGAGCGAUGCGCUCGACGUCUAGACGAAAUGUUAGAUGCUGGUGUAGCGCUCGAGAUAUUGCGAGACUUACGAUUCCUUUGUGCAAGACUACCCGGCGCUGCAUCUGCACCUCCUCUGCCAGCUCUGUCAGAUGACGCAGCAGCUCGGUCGCUGGCGCAAUGUUCCCGCUGGUGCGACUCGUUAGCCCACAAUGCUCUGCUGGUGCUCGAUGAUGACGCAGAUACCGCGCUGAAUGAUGAACGCUUGGAAGACCUUACUUACGAAGAUUUGGCGCUUAUUGUAAAACGAGACACAUUACGUGUAUCCAGUGAGCUUGUAUUGGCCGAGGCCCUUUCGCGAUGGGCAACAGCAGCUUGCAAGCGUACAAAGCGGGAGUUGACGUCAGCCAACAAGAGGGCGGCUCUUGGUGAGCUUGCGUACUGCCCGCGCUACUUGCUACUGUCGGGUGAAGAGCUAGAUCGAGCACUUUCUUUGGAGUUAUUGGAGCCAAUGGAGCGAGCUCUAGUGACGGCACGAGCUCGCAAAUUGUCGGCGCCAGUGCCAGUAGGUGCAGAACAGGAGUCCCUGCUGCGUCGCUGGGCACGACCGCGACCAACCGAGCCUGCAGCGCUGCCCGUGCACCUGAGCCCGCGCUCCGAGCCGCCAGUGGAGGAGCCACAGCCCAGCAAGCUGUGUGCCCGCCGCCCUAAGCGCCCCAAGCAGCCUAGCUUUGCCCCUGAAGAGAAGCGCAAGAAGAAAGGAUGCUGCGCGUGCUUCGGCGAGGGACUAUUACGUGCUUUCAUUUGUCUGUUUGACUGAGACAGGGAGCCAACCUACGUGUAAGGUUGAUGUAUUGAGAAAUAUGUGGACAAAACUGACAUUAACGUUAAAAUAAGAUUUCGACUGAGUGUUAAGUACUGAAGUGACAAAACUCUAACUAUACUUAUGAAAAACUUCUUAAAUCUUUCCUGUCUAUCUGACUUUCUAUUGGUGUAAAAUUACAUGUUAAAUUAAUGUGGAAAUUAUGUGUAAUAUAAGUGUAUGGUCCGACUUAUAACCAGUUUAAAUAAUAGUUUGGUUUAUAUUUGGAUAGACGUGGAGAGGUUGAGAUAGUAAAGAUUGCCAUCUUUUGUAUUUUUUUACGAAUCCAAAUUAUAACUAUUCGUAAUAAAUGUAUUUAUAUGACGUUUGAGUAUUUUAGCUUUGUGGUACUUAGCUAUGAUUUAAUGUAUAUUUAGUUAAUUAUAUAAUUAUACUUUAUUUAUGCAGCUGACAUUUAGUAGAGGGUUUGAGUAAAUAUUAUGAUGUCCAUUUUAAGUCUGUGUUCAUUUAUAGUUUACGAUUAGUUUGCUUGCGGCUGGAUAAUCUGAAUGAUAGUGAAAUGUUAGAAGUAAACGAAAUAUACGCAAUUUCGCGUCUUCAUGUAGUAGAAUAUUUGUAUGUUGUGAUAUUUGUAUGUAAUACUUAUUUUUAUGAUUACGACGCGUUAAUUUGUUUAUGGUGACAUAUCAAAUUGUUUAAAACAAUUUGCAUUUAUGAAUAUUUUGGUGAAAUUAAUUGGUGCACAAAUUGUCGUUGUUUAGUUACGUACGAUUCAUUUUGUUGUUGAUAAUCAAAUUUUGUUGCAUUUAUUGAUAAUUAUAUAUUAUAUUGUGUUCUAGGUGUAUGGAGAGGAUAUCUAAUAAAUAAUUUUAACAUGUCUGACCGCUUACGAUAGCAAAUUGUCGUUCAAACAAAAAAGCGAAUAAAUACAUUUUCUCACUGAAACAAAGCACCAUUAUAUUAGAUACCCUCUUCGUUAAUUACUUAGUAGCUUCGCUUAGUUAAAUUUAGGUAAAUUGUUUAGUAUAAUUCUUCCAUAAUUUAGCGAAAUAGUUACCUAAAUAUUCACUAGUCGUAUACCAAGUACAUUAAUAUGUCAAGGAUUUUAAGUGUAUAAGUAUUUGUUGGAAACAAACGUUCCCAGAACGGAUUGCGUUUAAAAUAUAGCUUCAAUUGUAUAAGUUUAUCAAUUUUAAAUUGUGCCAUAUAGGAUGUGGUCUUAAAUUACAUAAUAAUAAUAUAAUAUGUUUCGAUGUCGUAAAACUUCAAAUUAUUGAGAUUUGAGAGUCACUCUCCAUUCUUCGCAUCUUUAGCAAAUUGAAAAAAAAAAUGCUUUUUAUGUAAUUAAAUUACUUAUUCAAUGUAUUAUGUCCGUUUUAAACGAUUAUUAAUGUGAAUUGAGAUUGUAUUGGAGAUUUUUUCGAAAAUGUAUUGAAUAAUAAUUUAUUAUAAUCAUGAACUAUAUGUUCGGCUCAGAGCUGUCAAGGGAACCGAUCUUGAGACAAAAUAUAUGAUGUUAAAAUAUUAAAACGAAAGCUUUUAUUAU